AUGUCCCGGUUCGGAGACAACGUUCCCGCCUUGUUGGGCUCCGGGAAUGGGGGCUCCGAGCGCAACAGGACCCGGGAGGGAGCGCCUGUGUCUACAGGUGGUGGAGUUUCCCCAGCCUUUAAACAGACCAAAGCGCAGAGAGCUCGCACCAUGGCCCUGUACAACCCCAUCCCUGUCAGACAGAACUGUUUCACCGUCAAUAGAUCACUCUUCAUUUUCGGGGAGGACAACAUUGUUCGGAAGUACGCAAAGAAGGUCAUAGAGUGGCCUCCGUUUGAGUACAUGAUCCUCGCCACCAUCAUCGCCAACUGUAUCGUCCUGGCCCUGGAGCAGCACCUGCCUGGAGAGGACAAGACCCCCAUGUCUAAGAGACUGGAAAAGACAGAGCCUUACUUCAUUGGGAUGUUCUGCUUUGAAGCUGGGAUUAAAGUGGUGGCAUUGGGAUUUGUAUUCCAUAAAGGCUCCUACCUGAGAAACGGCUGGAACGUCAUGGAUUUCAUUGUGGUUCUGAGUGGGAUUCUGGCCACAGCGGGAGCUCACAUGAACAUCCCAGUGGACCUGCGGACCCUGAGGGCCGUCCGUGUGCUCAGACCCCUCAAACUGGUCUCUGGAAUCCCCAGCCUGCAGAUAGUCCUGAAAUCCAUCAUGAAAGCCAUGGUGCCGCUGCUCCAGAUUGGCCUGUUGCUCUUCUUCGCCAUUCUCAUGUUUGCCAUCAUCGGCCUGGAGUUCUACAGCGGGAAGCUCCACAACACCUGUCUGCCCAUGCGCAAUAUCCUAGAGAAUGAGACGGUGGACAAGUCUGAGUCAGAGUUCCCGUGUGGGGUAAGGAAGUGCCCUGACAAGUACACCUGCCAUGACACCUGGAUCGGCCCCAACGACGGCAUCACCCAGUUUGACAACAUCCUGUUUGCUGUGCUCACUGUCUUCCAGUGCAUCACCAUGGAAGGCUGGACCACCGUGCUCUACAACACCAACGAUGCUUUAGGCCCCACGUGGAACUGCAUGUACUUCAUCCCUCUGAUAAUCAUUGGCUCCUUCUUCGUGUUGAACCUGGUAUUGGGAGUGCUCUCAGGAGAGUUUGCCAAAGAGAGGGAGCGGGUUGAGAACCGCAGGGCGUUCAUGAAGUUACGGAGGCAACAGCAGAUUGAGAGGGAACUCAAUGGCUACCGGGCCUGGAUCAACAAAGCAGAGGAGGUGAUGCUUGCAGAGGAUAAUAAGAAUUCAGGACCGUCUGCUCUUGAUGUGCUGAAGAGGGCCACAAUCAAGAGGAGAGGACUGGACCAGCAGUAUGGUGACAUCGCUUCUGUGGGCAUCCCGAUGACCAGAGCCAGCAUCAGGAGUGCUAAGAGAGGACCCACAGCUUAUUUGAAGCGUAAGGAGCGUCUGCUGCGGAUCUCUAUCCGCCGCAUGGUGAAGACACACAUCUUCUACUGGACCGUACUGGGCCUGGUGGCCCUCAAUACACUCUGUGUUGCCAUCGUCCAUCACAACCAACCCCACUGGCUGUCUGUGUUCCUCUACUAUGCAGAGUUCCUCUUUCUGGGUCUGUUUAUCACUGAAAUGUGUUUAAAGAUGUACAGUCUGGGACCCAGACUCUACUUCCACUCCGCCUUCAAUCGCUUCGACUGCGGGGUGAUAGUGGGAAGCAUAUUUGAGGUGAUGUGGGGAUUCUUCAGGCCUGGCAUGUCCUUUGGCAUCAGUGUGCUGCGUGCGCUCCGUCUGCUGAGGAUAUUCAAGAUCACCAAGUACUGGGCGUCGCUGAGGAACCUGGUGGUAUCCCUGAUGAAUUCUAUGAAAUCAAUCAUCAGCCUCAUUUUCCUCCUCUUCCUCUUCAUCCUGGUCUUUGCUCUGCUGGGCAUGCAGCUCUUUGGUGGCAGGUUCAUCUUUGAAGACUACACUCCUACAAACUUUGAUACUUUUCCUGCAGCCAUCAUGACUGUAUUUCAGAUCCUAACAGGAGAAGACUGGAAUGAGGUGAUGUACAAUGGGAUCCGCUCCCAGGGAGGAGUGAAGUCAGGAAUGUGGUCCUCCAUAUACUUCAUUGUACUCACACUCUUUGGCAACUACACGCUGUUGAAUGUUUUCUUGGCCAUCGCUGUGGACAAUCUGGCCAAUGCCCAGGAACUAACCAAGGAUGAAGAGGACGAAGAGGCUGCUUUCAAUCAGAAAAAUGCUCUCCAGAAAGCAAAGGAAGUAGGGGCCAUGUCUUCCCUGAUGUCAUCAGAGAGGGAGAGGAGUAGACGGAUGACCAUGUCUGUGUGGGAGCAGAGAACCAGCCAACUGCGCAGGCACCGGCAGAUGUCCAGCCGAGAGAUCCUCUUCAGCAACCCCAGUGAGGAGCAGGAAGCGCCCCCUGGCUGUCCACACCACCUCAAAGCAACAGGCACACCCACAGGCAGCCUGAAGCUGGCUGAUCCCACAGCUGACCCUAAGGCCUUCACAGCUAAGCCCCCAAAGCCCAUGGAGAUGCCCCUAGAGAAACCAGCCCUGUCCAUGGGUGUCCCUGAGCUCCACUUAUCCAGCCCUUUACCAGAGCCACCCGAUCCCACUGACACGCCCCUGCCUGACCCCCCCACGUCCACAGCUGUGUUCAUACCGGAGCCUACAGAAUCUGAGCCAUGCCCAGAGGGCAAGCGUGGCAUCCCCAACCACUGCCACCAAGGCCUCAAUGGCCGCAGGAGCCCCUGGUUGAAUGGGGAGAGAAGGCAGAGAGCGGUGCGUAAGUUCCGCCCUCCUGCUGGUGACACCCUGACCACUGACAUGGAAGGCAUGAGGCUCAGGAGGCCACAGGGCACAGGGCACUGUGAGGCCCAGGCUGGGGCCAGAGGCCUGGACUCACCUCAGGCGGAGGGCAGCAGUCGCUCUGUCAGCAUGGAGAGGAAGACCCCAGAGGACCCAGUGGAGGAGGUGAGGAAAGACGGUAACGAGGGAGAAACCAGGCAGCCUUCCGAGACCAGGGAGGCUGAACACAGACAGAGGGAACAUGAUCAGACUGGGGGUCCUGAGCUGCAGAACAGGGAGGAGGGUCUACUGUCAGAUCCACCCACCCUGCAGCCAUCUCAGGCUGCAGUACUGGCGCUACCAGAGGGCCCCACAGGAGACAGUGAGACCGAUAGCAACGCCACCACUCUGAACCAGUCCCCUCUGAGCUCCAGUGUUGUCAUCGAGGUGACCGAUGUCCAGUUGUCACUAGAGCUCACCCCCAUCACAGGCAACAGUAAAGACGUGGAGGCGUCCAAGCCUGAGAAGGACGAGGAAGAGGUGGCCAGCCCAGUCAAUACUGUCACACCUGACAGUAUGUUCAUCUUCAAACCUGACAACCUGAUCCGCCGGGCCUGUCACUAUGUUGUGAACCUGCGUUACUUUGAGAUGUGCAUCCUGCUGGUGAUCGCUGCCAGCAGUAUCGCCCUCGCUGCAGAGGACCCCGUUUCAGCCACCUCCGACUGGAACAAAGUUUUGCGUUACUUUGACUACGUGUUCACAGGUGUCUUUACCUUUGAAAUGAUAAUAAAGAUGAUAGACCAGGGCUUGAUUCUCCAUGACGGCUCCUAUUUCCGGGACCUGUGGAACAUUCUAGACUUUAUCGUGGUGGUCGGAGCUCUGGUGGCCUUCGCCCUCACGAAUGUGCUGGGAAAUAAUAAAGGACGGGACAUCAAAACCAUCAAGUCUCUUCGGGUGCUGCGCGUCCUGAGGCCCCUGAAGACCAUCAAGAGACUACCGAAACUCAAGGCAGUGUUUGACUGUGUGGUGACCUCUCUGAAGAACGUCUUCAACAUCCUCAUCGUCUACAAGCUCUUCAUGUUCAUUUUCGCUGUCAUCGCUGUGCAGCUGUUCAAGGGGAAGUUCUUCUACUGCACUGACGGAUCCAAAGACACAGAGAAGGACUGCCAGGGCUUCUACAUCAACUAUGAGAAAGACAAGCAGGACGUGAAGAGGAGGGAGUGGAGGAGACAUGACUUUCACUAUGACAAUAUAGUCUGGGCCCUACUCACUCUGUUCACCGUCUCUACUGGGGAAGGCUGGCCACAGGUCCUGCAGCACUCUGUGGACGUGACAGAGGAGGACAGAGGACCCAGCCAGGGCAACAGGAUGGAGAUGUCCAUCUUCUAUGUCAUCUACUUUGUGGUCUUCCCCUUCUUCUUUGUCAACAUAUUUGUGGCUCUCAUCAUCAUCACCUUCCAGGAGCAGGGAGACAAGAUGAUGGAGGAGUGCAGCUUGGAGAAGAAUGAGAGGGCUUGCAUUGACUUUGCCAUAAGUGCCAAACCCCUGACCCGCUACAUGCCUCAGAACAGACAGACGUUCCAGUACCGCCUCUGGCACUUUGUGGUCUCCCCCUCCUUUGAGUACACUGUGCUGGCCAUGAUUGCACUCAACACCAUUGUCCUGAUGAUGAAGUAUUACUCAGCCCCACCAGUGUACGAGGCUAUGCUGAAACACCUGAACACAGCCUUCACUGUGCUCUUCUCUGUGGAGUGUGUCCUCAAGAUCAUGGCCUUUGGCUUUCUGAACUACUUUCGAGACACUUGGAAUAUAUUUGACUUCAUCACGGUUUUGGGCAGCAUCACAGAAAUAGUGGUGGACCUGCAGUCAAUUGAGACCUUCAACAUGGGUUUCCUGAAGCUGUUCCGAGCUGCUCGACUGAUCAAGCUGUUGAGGCAGGGUUACACCAUCCGCAUCCUGCUCUGGACCUUUGUCCAGUCCUUUAAGGCUCUCCCCUACGUCUGUCUGCUCAUUGCCAUGCUCUUCUUCAUCUAUGCAAUCAUCGGAAUGCAGGUUUUUGGAAACAUCAGACUGGAUGAGGAGACUCACAUCAACCAACACAACAACUUCAAGACCUUCUUUGGUGCUCUGAUGUUGCUAUUCAGGAGUGCCACAGGGGAGUCGUGGCAGGAGAUCAUGCUGUCAUGUUUAGGGGGGCAGAAGUGUGAGCCAGACCCCUUAGCUCUAACAUCAGACCACGAGGAGCGCUGUGGAACUGAGUUUGCCUACUUCUACUUUGUUUCCUUCAUCUUCUUCAGCUCAUUUCUGAUGCUGAAUCUGUUUGUGGCUGUGAUCAUGGACAACUUUGAGUACCUCACCCGGGAUUCUUCCAUCUUGGGGCCUCAUCAUCUGGAUGAGUUUGUUCGUAUCUGGGGUGAAUACGACCGAGCUGCUUGCGGGCGUAUUCAUUACACUGACAUGUACGAGAUGCUGACUGAUAUGUCGCCACCUCUUGGCCUCGGAAAGAAAUGUCCCUCCAAAGUGGCUUAUAAGAGGCUGGUGCUGAUGAACAUGCCCGUGGAUGAGGAGAUGUCUGUUCACUUCACCUCCACCCUCAUGGCCCUGAUCCGAACUGCCCUGGAGGUCAAGAUAGCCAGAGGAGGGGAGGACAGGGGGCAGAUGGAUUCAGACCUACAGAAGGAGAUCGGUAUCAUCUGGCCACACCUUUCUCAGAAGACCCUAGACCUGCUCGUCCCCAUCCACAAAGCAAAUCAUAUGACCAUUGGGAAGAUCUACGCAGCUAUGAUGAUCAUGGACUAUUACAAGCAGAGCAAAGCCAAGAAGCUCAGGCAACAGCUGGAGGAGCAGAAACACGCUCCCAUGUUCCAGCGUAUGGACGCGUCCUCUCUGCCUCAGGACAUCCUCUGCAGUGCCAAAGCCCUCCCCUUUCUGACCCACAGCGCUGGAUCUGCCCUGACCAGAGGAGGGUUUGUGGCCUUGAGUCCCAUCUCCCCCCAGGAGAUGUUCAUGCAACCCAUGUCCCAGGACCUUGAGGAUAAAGAGGAGGACUACCACCACUAUCACUACCACCACCACCAGCUCCACACUCUGGUUCCGGAGCGCAAAGAGUUUAACCGCAUCCUUUGCCCUACUAACAGGCAGGAUGCCCCACUCAAGGUGCCCGGGUGGGCAGUCUCUAUCCGAGCCUCGUCUAUGCCUCAGCUGGCUGUAGACACACAGUGCGUAAAUGGGCUGUGGCAGGAGGAGUACUCUCUGGAGAGGUUCAGUUCUGACCGUCUGUAUAGACCACGACAGAGGAGCAUCAGAGGCAUCAGGUCCAACCUCAGGGAACCAGUGGAUCAAGAGCGGGGGCGCUCCAAAGAGCGGCGCCACCUGCUGUCUCCCGACGUGUCCCGCUGCAACUCUGAGGAGCGGGGCCAGGACCCGUCACAGGAACGCAAGCAGUCCCGCUCCCCCAGCGAGGGACACGCACAUGUCCACCAUAGACAGGUGGGUGGCAACACUUCAGGCAGCCCAGGCCCGUCUAACUCUGAGUCCAGCACCCCCAGUGGCCGUCGGCAGCUCCCCCAGACGCCAUCGCGGCCACGCCCUCACAUCUCCUACUCUCCCCUGAUAUGCCGAGCCCACCCCUCCCCCCCUGCUGUCAGCGAGGGCAGAGCCCGGAUCCAGGAGGCCCCUGGAGAGACGGAGGAGCCCUUGUGGAGGGAGGAAGGGGAGAAUCACCCACAUCCCUCCCCUCACCGGUACAUCUCGGAGCCAUACCUGCCCCUGCACGAGGAGUUCCACAGCCCAGACUCCUCAGGCCUGGAGGAGACUCUGACCUUCGAGGUGGCCAUUGCAACCAGUCUGGGUCGGGCCAACACCAUCAGCUCUGCCCCCCAGCUCAGACACAACUGGCAGGUCCCCAACGGACAAUUCCAUAAACGCCUGGGUCAGGCCAGCUCUCUGGCCGCCUGCGAGCUCCUGUGUGACACCGAUGAGGAUGACCGCUGUUAGGUCCGGUACUGGGAGAUGAAGAGGAGGAAGAUGGACAGCAAAACUGGGUACCAGAGAGACAGGGGUCCUCAGUCUGAAGUACACUGUCAGGGCAUGUACUGAGUGUGCAUCUGUCUGUGUGUGUGUUUGUAGGAGUGCAAUAUGUUUGCCAAAUCAAUAAGACAGGGAAGAUAUGGGAAGUGCACUGCUGGCGUACAGUGCAAAAGUUCACCAGUUGCAUUUUGAUUGUUGUUUGAACAAAGUCAAAUAACUGGGGAGCAUGUAUCCUCACUGCUUAGACCUAUGAAAAAUAAUAAAUAUGUUUUAAGUACAGUAUG